ACAAUAUUAGGAAACGACCACUGCGUAAGCGUCUCUUUAAAUUUAUUUUCAUAUGCCUUUUUUUAAUACCUCGCCAAGUGUCUUAGAUUUGUUCUGUUUAUCUUCGGUUGAGUUAUUUUUCCCCUUCGCUAGUCGAAACUGGGAAAAAACAAACGUCUCUAUUUCCAAUUGUAGCUACACUAGUUUUAGCUAAGUCUACUUACGCAGUGCGCCGUCACAUUACUAUUUUCCAGCAUCCCACCAUCACUCUCACUCCCGCUUCCACAAACAUACUUCUCUGCCCAAUUGCUAUCUUCUCUUCCUUUUCAUCCCUUCUCUUCUCUUCUAUCCGUAUUACCCGCAUCCAUAUCUCACCUACAUCACCGCCAACAUGUCCGUGGAUAACUCCGCCGCCCGGUUAUCUACCUCCGACCCGCGCCGAGAAGGAUUCACCUCUUUCAUGAAGGGAUCCUUCGCUCUCUCGCAGGAGGAGAAUGCUGCUCCUAUAACACCUCGCGGCCACGGCGCCCUCACUCAGCUUCUCAGAAACCGUUCCUAUGGCUCCUUACACAACUACGGAAGCACGUGGCGCGGCGCAAUGCCUAACGUUGCAGAUGACGAAGAAUCCGCCUUGUUGCCACCCUCAUACUCGAUCUCCGAGCCCGAUGAUGGGGAUCACCGCCGGACCUCAACCGAAGAGCGCCGGCUAAGUCAAUUGCUCAACAGCACCCCUAUGCGUUCUAUGCGACUUAUCGGCAACCCGAAUCCAAGAUACAAGUGGGGGCGCUACUGGAAGACGGAAGAGCAAUUGAGUGCUAUGAGGAAGCCAUUGCGUGAAUACUACGAACGCGUCAACUUUCUGGUACAGCAAUACAUUUACAUUGACCGCUUGCUCGACAGCAGUUUACCCCAUGAUCUCGUCAAUGAGUACAAUACACUACAUCACAGCUCAUUUAAGGACCUCGACAUUCCAACCACCAUUUCCGAAGAGUAUUCGAGUGCAAGUGCCGUUAGUAUCGGCAAAAGCAACCAAGGAAGUGGUCAGGGUUCCGAUGGAUCGGGUGGUCCAAUCACUCCCAUUACGAACUUUUCAAGUCCUCAGAAAUCCGGAUUUAUUGUCAGUGAGGAUGCCGAUGCCAACAAGGAUACGGAGCCAAGUCUUCCCGUGACCAAGGUGAAGCGUACUCCCAAGGACAUUUACCGUGCCACCGAGACUACUCCCUUGUUCUUCAACAAUGACGAGGAUGACGAUCAGUGGGACGGACCAAAACCAGAGAUUCCGUGGCUAGAAGAGGACGAGGAAUUAGACAGUGGCGACCAGAUCGUCACGACAGCCAUCUACGUCAAUUUUGCGGCAAAUGUGAUCUUACUAGCGGGUAAGAUCGCAGUCGUUAUUUCCGUAUCAUCUAUGUCAGUAUUGGCUAGUUUGGUCGAUGCCGUGCUGGAUUUCCUAUCGACGGUCAUAGUAUGGACGACGACUUGGUUAAUCUCCAGACAAGAUCAGUACAAGUACCCGGUUGGGAGACGCAGAUUGGAGCCUCUAGGCGUUCUUGUUUUCUCGGUUAUCAUGAUAACAUCGUUUGUUCAAGUCGCGCUGGAAUCAAUUUCACGAUUGCUUUCGCCUGACCAUGAGCUGAUCGAGGUUGGGAUACCUGCUCUCAGUAUAAUGUUUGGGACGGUCCUAAUCAAGGGACUCUGCUGGUUAUGGUGUCGUUUGGUCAAGAACUCGAGCGUCCAGGCUUUGGCUGAGGACGCAAUGACCGACGUAAUCUUUAACUUGGGAUCAAUAUUCUUCCCCAUUGUUGGCUUCUAUGCCAAGAUUUGGUGGCUGGAUGCUCUAGGCGGUCUUAUUCUCUCACUCGUCGUCAUCUUCAAUUGGUCUCGAACUUCGCUGCAGCAUAUCAAGAAUUUGUCCGGAUUCUCUGCCACCGCCGAUCAGCGAAACAUCUUGCUCUACCUCGCAAUGCGCUUUGCCAAUACGAUCAAGCAGAUUCAGGGUUUGCAGGCCUACCACGCCGGAGAUAAGUUGAACGUCGAAGUCGAUAUCAUCCUCGACGCGUCUACCACAUUGAGAGAUUCACACGAUCUUUGCGAGAGUUUGGGUUACGUGUUGGAGUCGGUCCCGAUAGUGGACAGGGCCUUCGUCCACGCUGAUUAUGCCAGUUACAACUUGCCCACCCACAUGGAACAGCAGAGUGGUUAAUGGCUUGGAGAUAUCACAUGAUUAAAGGGAGGACGUAAAUCUCAUUUACAUAAGGAAAUCGUUGCAUAGUUCGGUGUGUCAUUUUCAUUUCAUGGCGGGCUCGGUUGGGAAAACAGAUCCUGGUGAUUUUUUAAGUGCGAUACCAUAACAUCGAAUUGCUUUUAUAUAGCACAUUUGAUGAUGUUUUACUAUGAUCAAAAUACACGCGAUCAUGGUUCUGAACGGAACAUCUGAUGAUAGAUCUUCAAAUGGAUAAGGAAAAAAAAAUCUUUGGACCGGCAAUGAGACGGGUAUUACUAUGCAUAUGUGAGACCGAGAAACAAGAUCCAUGCAUAUUGAGGUGAAGUCUUCGUGGAGUCAGGUUGCCUCCGCGAGUCGCUUAAGCCCGGCUCAUCAGGAGCGCUCGGCCCUUUUGCUUUCUAAGCGGCGCUCUUGGGGCGGCACUGGGCAGUGAGGGUAUUUUAUAUCCUGGUAAAUGCUCGGGAGUUCUUAUUAGGGGUUUGUCAUUGCGGUCCCCACUGAUAGACUUCUGUUAGGACUAGACCCCUGACAAAUAUGUUCCUUGUUCUUACCUACUACGUAGUAGUUAUCAACAAUUCGCACAUGCUAGACUUAGUGCAAGACUAGCCGAGACUGAGCUAUUGGUCUUGGAGUUUAUUCUAACCGUCGUGGGUUACGUAAUCGGGGCUAAGUCAAAAUUGAC